AUGUUCCUGAUAAAGCUAUUAGUGAUUUUUCUUUGCUUUCAAUGUGUUUUUGGAAGAAGAGCUAGCAAAGGGACAGCAAGUAAAAUAAGAAAAAAUAUUGAGGAAAAUCAGCCAUCAUCUGAUGACAUUUCCGAGUUAAGCUUGGAAGACUACUCGUUUGCUGAAGAAACAUGGCACCUCACGAUUCUAGAGUUUACUGCCUCAGCUGUUGUUGGAAUUUGCUCAAUUUUUGCGUUGAUUAUCAGAAAUGAAGUGCGAAGAAUUCGAAUUCGGCACGUCUGUCCUUUUGAUUUUUCAAACAUGAGAGACCCUAUUGAUCGUUGUCAAGAUCUAAGGUAUAUUCUGACUCGAUCCCAGAACAUUCUUCCAGAGCGAACAAAUUCCCACAAGGAAAUUCUUCUCAACCUCUGGGAAAGCGAGUUUUUGAUGGAUAAAUAUGAAGUUUUCUAUGUCCUCGCGAAUCCUGCUGAAGAAUUUGAGUUUGUGCGGAGAUCUACUAACAAAAGUGCGGUAGUACAAGGCGAGGAGUUUUCUUCUCUUGAUCACAAAACUGAAGAAGUCAUUUGA